AAAAUGAGAGGCUCUCAAUUCGACAUGCAAUGUUUAUUUCAACAGAGUCCCCAUUAUAGUAGCAUUACACUGAUUCAAAUGAAGCUCCUAUGAAGAUUACAUGAACAAAGUUACAAACAUUGGAACAAACACAUCAAAAACCGACCCCUACACAAAUCUUACUUCCAGUUCCAGAUUAAGGGGCACCUCUUAAACGAACUGAUCCAUAUACUCUUCCACAGUUGUGUAGUUGACAUCCGGGUAAAGCUCUGAUGCUUCAACUCCCCACGCCGAGUCGAUCUCGAAGCUGGUCUGGUGCCCUUUCACAAACACAGAGUGGCUGAUCGACAGUAUAAGGUCCACCACAAUUGGAGCCUCUGCAAUAUUCUUAAUAUAUAAAAUUUUAUAGUCUAUAUGUUGCUAAAAAUUAGGCGGUUAAGUUGUAAAUAAACACAAGUGUAAGGGCAAUCGUUUAUUAGAGUGGGUCUCAUCCACUAAUCUCUCUUUUUCUUCCUUUUUAAUUAUUUCUUGAUAUUUCUACUUCCUUCCUUUUCUUUUAUCCUAAUAUCAUAUUUCUAUUUCGAAAGCAUAACCUUAUAUUAGGGCUGCGGAAUGACUCUAGUGAUGGGUGCGGGCGAAAAGGGCAAGACUGAUAUUGUCACUCAUUUUUAUCAACAUUUACUAACCUCGGAAAAACAAGUUCAGAAUAUGGGAGAUAGGAUUGCAAACCUUCCUAUUGACCUUAAGGUAACUAAGGAGAUGAAUAAUUUACUCACCACCGAGGUCCUCCCUGCAGAAAUAAGUCGAACGGUGUUUUCCAUGGGUUAAAAGCAGGCGCCGGGAUCUGAUGAGUUUACUGAGAAAUUUUUCAGGUCCUAUUGGAGUAUAGUUGGGGACUCUAUCACAACAGUCGUUGGUUCUUUCUUUAGUUCGAGCAGGCACUUAGGAGUUUUAAUCACACUUGGCUGACUUUGAUCCCCCAAAGUAUAUAAUGUUGAGAGCAUGGCGCAAAUCAGACCGAUAAGCUUAUGCCAGUUUGUGUAUAUGAUUAUCGCUAAAAUUCUUUCUGAGAGACUGGUGCAGCUCUUACCAUGAAUCAUUUCGGAAGGACAGAAUGAUUUUAUACGUGAAUGAAAAAUCGUGGAGAAUGUCUUACUUGAGCAUGACUGCAUGAGUUAAUGCACUAUCUAAAAAUAAAAACUAAGGGCAAGAAAGGUUACAUGACUCUGAAGGUUGACAUGGAAAAGGCCUAUGAUAGAGUUGAAUGGCCCUUUCUUCUUGCAGUUUUGGAUAAGUUGGGUUUUAACUCUACAUGGCAAGGCUGGAUCCAGGAAUGUUUUAGUACAACUUCGUUCUUGGUCCUUAUGAAUGGCACACCCUCGGGGUUCUUCGCGCCUUCUCGUGGCCUCUGUCAGGGGGACCCUCUUUCACCCCUCAUGUUUUUUAUUUGCACAGAGGGGUUUGCGGCGUUGCUCUGGCAAGCUAUUGCGAUAGAGAAAUUGGAGGGGGUAAAGGUAGCUCCUAAAACUACUCGUAUUUCUCAUUUAUUCUUCGCGGAUGACUCUUAUCUCUUCCUUAGAGGGUCUCUCCAGGAAUGUGAGAAUUUGAUUAAGGUCUUGAAUGAAUACGAGGAGCUUAGUGGCCAGAGGGUUAACUUGGCCAAUUCGGUUGUGUGCUUUAGUAAGAACAUUACCCUACCCGAUUAAGAGUUUCUUGCCCAAAUUCUGGGUUUGGAAGCAGUAGGAGUGCAGGAUAAGUACCUUGGUUUGCCAACGUUGUUAUCUAGGUCUAAGAUGGAAAUGUUCCGGUUUUUAGAAGAGAAGUUACUGCUCAACUUCAGGGUUGGAAACAAAGAACGCUGGCUUGGGCUGCGAAAGAGACCUUGAAAAAAUCUGUUGCUCUGGCUCUGCCUCUUCAUGUCAUGUCCUAUUUCAGGCUCCCUCUUUCUCUUUGUCGUCUUUUAGACAGACACGUGGCCAAAUUUUGCAGGGGCUCUCAAGAGGGUCAUCCCCGAAUUCGGUGAAUGUCAUGGCGUAAUAUGUGUCAGAGCAAGCAUGACGGUGGGAUGUGGUUUUGUCGAUUUGAACAGUUCAACCAGGCGCUUCUGGCCAAGAUUGGAUGACGUAUUCUUACUUAUCCUUGUUCUCUCCUUGCCCAGGUUUAUAAGGGUAAAUACUUCCCUGUUGGGACUUUUCUUACUGCCAAUGCUAGGUGUAGGCCGUAGUGAGGUUGGCAGAGUAUCCUGUUUUGCAGGCUAUUGUUGGUCAAGGGUCUGCAGUGGCAGAUUGGUAAUUGUCGGAGUAUUCAUUUGCUCCAAUCCAGUUGGAUUCCACAUCUUCACCCGCAUACCCCUGUCUAUAAUCCUUGUGUGUUACCAGAAGGGGAUGGUCCUACGAUUGCGGAGGUGGUCUAUCAGGGGAGGAUUGGUGGUGUGAUCAUAAACUGAAUCAGUGGUUUCACCCUGAGACAUGUCGGGCUAUCAAAUCUAUUCAUCUUCCUCAUCAGGAUGUGGAUGAUAGAUUGAUCUGGCAUGGCACUUGUGAUGGGAUUUUCAUGGUUAAGUUUGCCUACCAUCUUGCAUUUCUUCUAGAUAAGCAGGAUGUAGGUGGCGAUCUUCGGCCAGCUGGAUGGACAUGACGAGUUGGAUAUGCACGUGGAAAGCAUUAUCCCACCCAAACGUAAGGUGUUCUUAUGGCAGAUCUUCCAUUGGAUCCUUCCCAGUGGCACGGGCUUUAUGGGAUCUGUCUGGCCUUGAAUAUCUUGGUUAGGCCCUGCCCGCUACAUGUUUCCGCUUUUCCUUAAAAAGUUGAUGCUAAUUAUCCAGCAGCCUCCUAUGUUUAUGGCUGUCGUGGUCGUCCUCUUGCAGAUCUAGCGUCCCCGGAAUUGGGUAGUCUUCGAGGGGAAGCAGAGUUUGCGGCUUUGAUGCGGCAGUUUACCCAGUGGACCAAUUUACCGAUUGAGGGUGUUCAACGUCCGACUUGCCCGCUGGCUUUGGAUAUGAGCCCUGGGCAGCGGGGUUUGUUGAUCUAUAGGUGGGAUGGAGCUACCAGACUUGGGUCUCACUUGGAGGGAGAGAUAGUUCUUUUGCGUCUCACUGGGGAGAUUCUUUUGCGAUUAUAGAUGACACUUUAGUGGUCGAGCUGCUUGUCCUUCGUGAGGCCAUUUUCUAGUGUUUGGAGCAUGGAUUCACAGCGCUAAUUUCUUAGGGUGACGCCAAGAUUGUCAUUGAUAAAAUCAGUUAGGAUGAUACUCGCGAUAGUCAGAUUGGGGUUGUUCUCGAAGAGGUGAUACGCUGUUUGGCAAUUCACACGGGUUUAAUGUGCGAUUUGUAGGUCAGAGUAGAAAUAGGGUAGCUCAUUUGGUGGCUAGAAAGGCCCUUUCUUUGUACCCGUGUACGUGUCGCUUCUUUGAUUUUCAGGUCUGGCUCAUUUUGUAUAAAAAAAGUCUCCUAAAGUCCUAAUAUUAGGGGUGUUCAAAUAAAGUGGUUACACUGGUAACCAUUUUAACCUGUAGUAUUCGAAUAAUUUUAUUUGGUUAAUUUGAAUAAUUGGUUUGGUUUGGUUAAAUUUUUUUAGAUUGUUUGGUUUGAUUUUUGUAUGCUAACCAAUCAAACCAAUAAAUUAUA